GGAGUUAUUCGGUCUCUCAAUCAGAUUUAUUGUUGUCUGUUUAAUAUUUGAUUUUCAGAAUUCGUUCUUCAUUUAAGGGAAGAAAAGGGGAGAAGUUAAAUUUAAAAGUUAAAAGUGAUUAACUAUCGAUCCUUUUGUAUCUAGAGAUAUUAUUAUUUUUUUUUGAGUUCUGGGAUUAUUGUGGACUAGGUAUUGGAUUUGAAUAAGUUUGUUAUGGUUAAUCAUGAAAUUCUUUUCCAAAUUUAUUUGAACUGAGGGAUGUUAUAGAAUUGGAAUAAGAAGAGGAAUUGUAAUUGAUGUCACUUUUGGAUAUGGAAGGAGUUCUGUUGUCUAUCUUAGUGUUUCAGUUAGUAAAUACUGAAUAUUUUGGUUAUUGCAAAAAUUUGUAUGGUUGGAAGUCUUAACAAUUUGAUGGUUGUAUGGGUUUUGUGAAUCAUUCAGUAUGUAUAUAUCUUGAUACUAAAAUAGGGAAAUUGGAUAGAGGGUUGAGCUCUGAUGAUCUACUUUUUUAUUCUUCUACUUGUACUGGGAACUUAAAAGGGAGAUGACUUCAAUUGUUCUACUGGAAGCUAUUAGGGUUCUACUAUAGAUUUACUUACAGUUGAAGUUCCAUUAUCUCUUGCUGAAUGUCCAUGCAAGAUUAUGAUUAGGUCAUUAGUUGUUUGGGGGAGAGUCACCAAUAAUGCCUGCACUUGCUAAAAGUAGUGAUCAACAGUUGGAGACAGGUCUCCGUAGUAUCCCAAACUCGACAUUCUACAGUCAACCCUGGUGGCAGGGUCUUGGACACAAUGGCAUGCCUUCUGGAGGGCAGCAGGAAGAUGGACCCGUAGGCCCUGCAACUCUGCAACCUCAAGGCACUGGUGAAGGGGCCUCCAAGGAUCCAGAAAUCAAUGCAGCCCUUCGAUCUGGAUUAAAUGGAAGCAAUAAUGGGCAAGAAAAGCAACACCUUGAUGCAAAUUCACAAAUGGAACUUGUGGGUCAUUCAAUUAUGUUGACGCCUUAUCCAUAUGAAGACCCACAGUAUGGGGGAAGGUUGACUUAUGGAGCAACAGUACACCACUUGCUUGGAUACCAUCCAGCAAGAAUGCCUUUGCCACUGGAAAUGGAAGAAGAACCUGUUUAUGUGAAUGCAAAACAGUACCGUGGAAUUUUAAGGCGAAGACAAAUGCGAGCAAGAGCUGAAUUGGACAAGAAAUUGGUAAAAAACCGGAAGCCUUAUCUGCAUGAAUCUCGGCACCAACAUGCUAUAAGAAGAGCAAGAGGCUCUGGUGGCCGUUUCCUUAAUACGAAAAAGCUUGAUGGUUCUGGCAAAAACUCUACAUCCGGGGAGCAACCGAAAUCUGGGGAAAUUACUCACACACAAUCUUCGUCUCCUGCUUCUGCACAUUUGUCUUACAACCGUAAUAAUAUAUCUAAUCAACAAGGUAAUGGGGCAUCUACGAUUCAAGGAACACAUAAGAAACAGAAUCUCCCAAAUGGAUUCAGCCACGGCAAUGGUCUGGCAUUGUAUUAUGCAGACUCCACUAGAAGAGACCUGGAAAAUGACCACUUUAGUGAGGAUAACCGGACCUCACUGGUGAGCACCGCCCCACAGGGGCCUUCCUUCAGAAAAUGAGAAGCUACUCCUUUGUGGUGGGUGAUAAGUCGCCACUGCCCCUCCAUGAUGUUUGCGAGUGAUAUGCUCGUGUUCAGUUAUAGGCUGGCUUUGCCGACCUAUCUUACCAAGAAGCCAGGUAACUUCCUCUGACUUGGCUUUUGUCAGGCAAUUCAUUCUUGGCUGUUAGUUCUAUGGUGCAGGGAUAGGAAAAGGUUCUUGCAUUACUUUGACCCACUGUUAUCCAUUUCGCCACCAUUUCAUCCAUUAUGUAAAUUCAGAAAAGUGUAAAACCAUUCGUUGAGUCUGUGAAACAUUUAACCAUUCGUAAACAUAGAUUGCAAAUUGUUCCUCGUUGGAGAGAAUUGUGUCAGCUAUGUACUACUUUUGGCUCUUCUUGUGACUUAUGUGUUGUACAUUCGCUAUGCGAUGUUCCGAUGUCCAGUUUGGAAGUUAUGCUAAACUUUCUGUCCA